ACAAAGCUUUCACACAGUUAUGUUUGUGAGAUUCAGGUGUUCAACACUUUGUAUCUAAUCUUUCUUGUGUUCUCUGAUUCUUCACAGUAUUAGUUAAGCUAAACAUAUAACAAAUCAUUUUUCUGAUUUUCCAUUAAAAUUACAAAUCAGGUAUAUGACCUACUGAUUUUUUGUGUUAGGAAGAUUUGAGAUAAGAAGUUGGCGGCCCUGAAUAAGUGACUCAUGCGUUUAUGUGAAGUUAGUGUCCUUCAAAGUUUUGUAUAGAAAAGUGCGAGGUUUUAUUUUUGCUCUGAUUUUAUUUCCCAUUAAAAGUAUCAGGACACAUUUUAGAAUAACGGAGCUUGGAAUAUUAUGCCUUUGUCGUUAAUUUGGUAGUAAGAGUAUAACUUUAGAGCCAAAGUGAUUUGAAACCGUUGAAAACAGAACUAAGAUUCGAAUUUCAGAGGUUGUUUAAUAAAAUAAUGUUGAUUUUACACGUCUUGCUCUGUUUCGUUUUUUUGAUUGCGAUGUACACUUUCAACAAGAAGAGACAAAAAUUAAAAUUGCCUCCUGGUCCGUGGCAACUGCCUUUUCUUGGAUAUUUACCAUUUAUCGAUGCUAAAAAUCCUUACUUAACAUUAACGGCUUUAGCAAAGAAGUAUGGACCAAUAUUUGGAAUAAAUAUGGGUUCAGUUUAUACUGUUGUGCUAUCUGAUCAUCAUAUUAUUAAGCAGGUUUUGGUUAAAGAAGAAUUCUCCGGAAGAGCUCCAUUAUAUCUCACACAUGGUAUUAUGAAAGGCUAUGGUUUAAUUUGUUCUGAAGGUGAAUCUUGGAGAGAGCAAAGAAAAUUCGUGGUAAAAUGUCUAAAAGAUUUUGGUGUAUUAAAAUAUUCAUGUUCGAAAAGGGAAAAAUUAGAAAAAAGGAUUUCGAUCACUGCAAAUGAGGCGAUUUUGAAACUGAAAGAACAAGGAUGUUCAGUAGAUGGCAUAGAUCCCUUUCACAUUUUGCACCAUUGCCUAGGAAAUCUUAUAAAUGACUUAGUGUUUGGAAUUACUUACGAAGAAACUGAUCAAACUUGGAUCAUGCUGCAGAAACUUCAGGACGAAGGUCUAAAAUACAUUGGUGUUGCAGGUCCUUUGAAUUUUCUACCUCUCCUCAGGUACUUGCCUCAGUACAAGAAUAUGCUGAAAUUUGUCACAGAUGGACAAAAAAAGACUCAUAACAUAUACCAAAAGAUAAUAGAAGAUCAUCAAAAUGAUCCAAAAACUUCAGACAAUUUCUUAGCAGCUUUUUUACUUGAAUUGAAAAAUCGAAUGAAUACUAAUGAUAUCUCAUCUUUUGCCCAUCCUCAAAUAUAUUACCUAUUGGCUGACAUGUUCGGAGCUGGAGUUGAUACAACUCUAACGACUUUGCGUUGGUUUCUACUUUUUAUGGCACUGCACCCAGAAGAGCAGGAAGAAAUGCAAAAAGAAUUAGAAGCCAUUAUAGGUGAUCAAGAGAUCACAUUGAAUGAUAGAUCCAGCUUACCGAAACUCGAAGCAGCUAUUGCAGAAACUCAACGUAUAAGAUCAAUUGUACCUUUAGGAUUUCCUCACGGAUCAAUAAAAGAUUCAAAAAUUUGUGAAUAUGAUAUACCCAAAGGAAGCAUGAUAAUUCCCUUGCAGUGGGCAGUCCACAUGGAUUCACGAUACUGGAUUGAUCCAGAAAAAUUCAACUCAAAAAGAUUCUUGGCUGAAGAUGGCAGUCUAGCUAAACCAGAAGCUUUCAUACCAUUUCAAAGUGGUAAACGAAUGUGUGUGGGAGACGAACUUGCAAGGAUGAUAUUAUUAUUCUUUACAUCUCGAAUACUGCAAUCAUUUACCAUAUCCAGUCAUCCAAACGCAUCGCUUGAUAUAGAAGGAGAUUGUGGAAUCACUCUUUCGCCUAAACCUCAUCGUCUAAUUUUCAAACCACGACUAGGGCUUCGAAAUGUCUGAAAGUUUUUUAAAAUAUUCUUUGUUUCACAAUCACUAUUCAUAAGUAAAAGCAAUGCAAAUUUGAUAUAAUUACCAUUUGGUUUAAAAUUACUAUAUGAACCUUGUGCAUCACAGUGGAACUCUUGACAAAUACAUUUUAAAUCUAGUAAACUCA